UUGACUCACUAAUCACUGGUUCUCAGAGAGAGUGACCCUUUGUGUCAGCCUGGCUGGGCAGACUUGCAAAAAGUGCCACUGUCCCACAGCUGGAGUGACCGUGAGUUUAGCCUCAUAUGUGAAACAUAAAAUAUACCUGCUCGUCUUCUCCAUACCUGUUCCAGGUGUUUACGCCAUGCACUGUCAAUGGCGAGAUUGCCAGGAGUGGAAGAGUCUCGGGGUCCCACUCUCCACCACCAACAAUGAAGCCAGCAAGAUGUUCGAUGCUUCACUCACUCAGUAUGUGGGCCGGUUUGACGACACGGGAACCGGUGGCAUUGAAACCUCGAUGCAGAAAAUGAUGGAGGCUGACCCAAACUUUGUUAUGGGACACGUUCUGAAAAACGGCCUUGACCUCUUAGGAACCGGAAGGACUAUCCAUGUUGACAAAUCUUUCCCAGGGGAGAUAAGCGAAAUGCUUCGACUUGCUGAGACAUCCAGUAUUGAGCGCGAGAAACAGCAUGCACGUGCACUAAAGUUGUGGUCAGAAGGGUGGACCUCUGACGCGUCUGACGUUUGGGAGGAAAUUUUAGUCCAGAACCCUCUUGACAUCCUGGCACUCAAGUUUGCACACGACACGUAUUUCUAUCUCGGCUACCCCAAUCAGAAUCGAGACAGCAUAGCCCGAGUAUUGCCGAAAUGGAAACCGGAAAUGCCUCUUUAUGGAUACCUGAUCGGGAUGUACUCUUUUGGUUUGGAGGAGUGCAACUUGUAUGAUCAGGCGGAGAAAGCGGCCAAGAAGGGGCUGGACCUAAAUCCCAGGGAUGCCUGGUCCACUCACACAAUGUGUCACGUGAUGGAGAUGACAGGGCGCCAGGAUGAGGGCAUCUCCUUCCUCACGGACACGGUCAAGAACUGGGCGAGUUUCGGGAUGCUGGCUUGUCACAAUUUCUGGCACUGGGCACUAUACUACAUAGAGAAGGGUGACCAUCAGGGUGCACUGAAUAUUUUCGACAGCGAGGUCACCGUGAGGGCGUGUCAGUCUGGGGCACUUCUGGACAUGGUGGACGCUUGCUCUCUGCUCUUCAGACUUGAGAUGGAAGGCGUGGACGUUGGCGAAAGGUGGAACAAUGUAUUCGACGUCUGCCGACCUCACAUCGACGAUCACAUUUUAGCAUUCAAUGACGUUCACGUACUGUUGGCGUGUCUCGGGGCCAAAAAGUCAGACGCCGUCAAACAGCUCAUGGACUCUCUCAAACAAUUCGUAAAGAACAACCGCGGCCACAACCAGGCUGUAACGGAGGAGGUCGGGGAGACGUUGUGUGAGGCAUUCGUAGCUUACAACGACGGCGACUACGCCAAAGCUGUCGACCUUCUCAAACCCAUCAGAUAUAAGAUAAUAAAUAUUGGCGGCAGUCACGCUCAGCGGGACAUAUUCAACCUGUUUUUGAUUCAGGCUGCCAUCAAAUCCCCAUCUGCAGAUCACCACAAGUUCGCCAGGUCGUUGUUGAUGGAAAGGAAAGCUCUGAAGGAAAACGCCGCAAUGACAGACAGGCUCAUCGCCAAGGCAAUGGCUGUCCACGCUGACUGAAGUUCGAGCCAUACAGAUCAAAAUGUUGUAAUUGUGAUUGUUAAUAUGUAACCUGUUUAUGUUUCUCAGCACCGCUUCAGUCUCGGUGUUACUCAAUAUCUGAAAGUUAAAAGGAAAUGAAACUAAGUAUUUAUUUCAAAGCGCAUACAAAUAUGUAAGUAUGCAAAGUUAUGAUGCCACUCUGGCCCUAGACCGUAAAUGUGACGUCCCAUUGAUGGAAAGACGUCGUAACAUAACGUCAUUGUCGCAGCAUUUGUCGUCACCCACUUCUGUUCCAUACUUGAAUUGGCAUUACUUGACGAGUACAGAGAAGAUUUUAAAAGCGUACACGGGGAACAAUGAUAGAAACUGGGACUUCGAGUUGAGAUCGAAGGUCACGUCAAUGUAGUUCGACAGUGACGUCAUAAAUUCUCCAAAGCAUUGCUUUUAUAUUUAUAUUUAUGUUGAUCGAACACAAAACAUGAUCAUUCUCGAGGUUAAACUUUAAAAUAAAUGUUGUCACUUGUGUUUCUAAAACGUCAUUUCUUCGUUUUGUAACCUAUGAAUACCUUGAUAAGUUCUUUGUUUAAACGAAUGGAGUUUACAUGGUUAUAGCUCAAUAACAAUUAUUACACGUGCAAACUCUCUGUCCAUCGGAUAAAUACCGCCUUCUACAUAUAUGUAUCUUGGGCAAACCAUGAGUGAAUGAUAUGUCUUCCAAAUAUUUUAGACAAUAAAGCGACAAUUUUUUUAAUAAUUAUAAGAGAUAUUUCUGCUAAAAGCAGAGUCCUUUAUACGAUUCCAACUGUGUCAUAAGCAUGUGCUUAUGAAUAACUAUUAAAUAGUGAUGAUACCAGGUGUUCGCGAAAAUGUGAGUGUAUCCUGCCUCACAAGUGGCACCCGUCACAAACACAUGCAAUGGCAAGUCAAUUAACAUGAAAACAUGAAACAGUCAAAAUAGGGAAUUGCAUCGAACAUCAUUUUUGUCACUGAUGCGUCAAUUUUGAAAAUGCCCUCUGCCUGUCUGCGAUAAUAGUCUUUAAAAGCUUUACUAAGACCUUGACCGUUGGUACUCUGGUCAAACAACUUUUGAGAAAAGGCCAUAUGACACUAUUUGGGGCAGUUUUACACGUUUCUUGUAAUUUUAGUUUAGGUGGGUAAAUCAGUAGAGGAAUUGGCUGUUUAACCAUGAUUAUUGAACGACGCGAAAUCAUCUAUAUAUGUUAAACUUAAGUUCAACUUCUUGACCAAUUGUCCUUGUUUUGAUUUUGCCAAUCCGAGCAGGUAUUCCGAUUCAUGACCAUAUCGAAACAGAUCAACAAGGGGGAACUGGUGCCUAUGGUGAUGCCUUACUCUUGCCUAAAGUCCUAUCCCUAAAUUUCACAUGUAUGUUAUCAGUGAGGAAGCAUUUCACAUAUUAUUUUCUCUGUAAACUUCCGAUGACAUUUGCUUUAUUUUUUGACAAAUUGUCUCAACCUUUGAAAAUAGAGAUGUAAUUAAUCCAUGGUGACCACGUUUAAUGAUCAAUAUCCCACGUAUCCCUUCGGUUUGUCUGAAAUAGUAGUGUACAAACUGAACUGGGUUCUUUUCUGAGAUUGCAUAUAUUCAAGCAAAUCCAUUGAGACUUCACAUGGUGUUUAUGCCAGUUGUCACAAAUACUUCAUGUUAGAUGAAGAAAGUUGUAUUAAGGCUUAUGUUCUGUCUUUGAGACAGGAAUUUGAUGGUACAUUUGCUGGACCUAGCAAUAUAUAUGCUCUUUGUUCAGAUUGUCAUGUUCAACUCUCCAAAUUCACCAUUUUAUGUGAACAUACAUUUUCUAUUAAUGAUAUAUAAUAGUGCAAAAUGAAAACGAAUAUGAUGAAUGUCAGUGUUUUACAGCUAAUUCUUUUGCUGGGUAAAAAUAUUGUAUUACCGUGAUACAGAUGUUACUGCAGAGGAGUAUAGAAUAAAACAUACACCCCAUGUCA